AUGGGCUACAAGCUGACCUAUUUCGCGAUUCGAGGUUUGGCUGAACCAAUUCGUCUUCUUUUCACCGAUCAGAAUAUUGUCUUCGAUGAUGCACUGAUCAAAGACCGAGAUGCAUGGCCUGCAAUGAAGGCACAGUUCCAAUUCGGACAAGUCCCGUGCCUCCACGAUGACGACGAACAGAUCGUACAGUCUGGCGCUAUCAUCCGUCAUAUUGCCCGGAAACAUAAUCUGUAUGGGGCGAAUGAAAAUGAGAUGACUUAUGCGGAUAUGUUCUAUGAAGGUAUUCGAGAUCUACAUUCCAAGUACACGACCAUGAUCUAUACUGCUUACGAAACUCAGAAAGACAAAUUCAUCAAAGAGACGCUUCCAGUUGAGUUGGCCAAAUUCGACAAACUUUUGCAAACCCGUGGAGGUGGAUCGGCAUACAUCCUUGGUGAUAAGAUAUGUUUCGUCGACUACGCAUUCUUUGAAGAGAUCGAUAUCAUGAUCAUAUUGGAUCCGCAUGCCCUCGACAAGUUCCCAACAAUCAAGGCGUAUCAUCAAAGAAUGCACGAUCGUCCUCGUAUCAAAGCGUACUACCAGAAACGUAUCGACAUGAAGGUGCCCGUGAAUGGCAACGGGAAACAAUAA